AUGACAUCCACUACUUCCACAACGACAACCAAAAAGAACAAGAAUACUCCAGCAGAAACAGCUCUGGACCUCAGCGCCAACUUCGCCAACAACCGCAAAGGCGCCGUGGGCUAUGACCACGAGGUCUACCUCCAAUUAACGGCGGGGAGGAACGCUGAGAAGACGCCGAAUCAGGUGUAUAGGGAGGAACGUGUUCGGCAGAGGACUACGAGGGCUUUGGAUCCGGCGAUUUUGGAUCCGCAGGGGGAACCUGGGCCUGUGGAUUUUGAGUGUGCGGAGCACGAAGGGGUGAAGGAGCGGUUGAGGUAA